AAACGGAGAGAGGAAAAACGGAAAGAUCCUCUGAGCAGGAAAUCGCGAAGGGCAAGAAAGACGAAGAAGAAGCAUCGAGAAGAAGGUGAUGCGAUCCCGGAGGUGGCGGCCGGCCAAUGGUGCGGCGGAGCUGGCGGCGCUCGGAAGUCGUUGAUGAGCAUGCUACAGAUGACGUGGCAGCCGAGCCUUCUCAAGUCUUUGAAGCGGAAGCACGGCGCGCCGCCGCUAGGGCUUCGAAACCUCGGCAACACCUGCUAUCUCAACUCUGUCCUCCAGUGCCUCACUUACACUCCUCCCCUCGCCAAUUUCUGCCUCCGAUUCCUUCACUCUUCUAUCUGUGACUUGGGAGUGGGGAAGGAUAAGAAGGGAGACUGCCCUUUCUGCAUAUUAGAAAAACGAAUUACUCGCUCUUUGGGUAGUGAAGCAGCCUCAGAUGCUCCUGUAAAAAUAAAUAGCUGUUUAAGAAUAUAUGCUCAGCAUUUUCGCAGUGGAAGGCAAGAAGAUGCACAUGAAUUUUUACGUUAUGUGAUUGAUGCAUGCCAUAAUACAUGCUUGAGAUUAAAAAAGUUGCAGCUGCAACAAAGAGGGAAGGGUGGGAUUGUCAAUGGAGGGGAUGAUAGUGGUACUGGGGAGACAAUAGUGAAGGAUAUCUUUGGAGGAGCAUUGCAGAGUCAAGUGAAAUGUUUGUCGUGUGGAGCUGAGUCAAAUAAGGUUGAUGAGAUUAUGGAUAUCAGUCUGGAUAUAUUGCAUAGUGGAUCACUUAAAGAGGCACUGCAGAAAUUCUUUCAGCCCGAGAUCUUGGAUGGAAAUAACAAAUACAAGUGUGAGAACUGUAAGAAACUGGUGACAGCAAAGAAACAAAUGUCUAUCCUUCAGGCCCCAAAUGUUCUUGUAGUGCAAUUAAAGAGAUUUGAGGGUAUUUUUGGUGGGAAGAUUGAUAAGGCUAUUGCUUUUGAUGAGACGCUAAUACUUUCAAAUCAUAUGGCCAAAGGAAGCCAGGAUCAACAUCCGGAGUAUAAUCUUUUCGGGACCAUUGUACACUCGGGUUUCUCUCCUGAUUCUGGGCAUUACUAUGCAUAUAUAAAGGAUACCAUUGGGAGGUGGCACUGCUGCAAUGAUUCUUAUGUUUCUCUCUCAACCUUGCAGGAGGUUUUGUCGGAGAAAGUUUAUAUACUGUUUUUUUCUCGCACAAAACAGAGGCCUAAGGUUGGUUUGGUGGCGAAUGGAUCCAAUUCUCAUGAAUCAAAUGGCAGUAAAAUGUCCCCAGGAAAUAAGUCAGGCUGUCGCGAGAAACUAAUCCAGACUGCACAAGUUUCUGAUCAUCAACCAGAGCCCAAUAUUUCAACAAAUGGCUCCCGACCUUGCAUUCGCAAGUCAGGCAGUUUGGCAAAACCAUUUCACAUGAAAAUUUCAGCUAGUCAUUCCAAGAUUAAUGGUUCUAAUAACGACCUUUCUUCCAAUGGCAAUAAGAACCAGCCAGUCCAUACUUCUGAAUCUGUGGAACCAGGUAGCGAAAAAAAGUCUUCUCACAAUCCUAUGGAGACAGCUAAUUCAGCUGUGCUAGUCGAGUCCAACUGCACCCAGUUAAAUGGGGCUCAAAGUUCAGGCACUUCGUCUGAAUCCAAGGAUAUCAAGGAGUCCCCUAAUCAUCAUAGACAGAUGGGUAAUACUGCUAUAUUUAAGGUUGAUGAAGGGAAUUUUAGUGAAACUGCUAUUAACAAGGAGCUCCUUAUUCCUGGUAGUAGCAAAUUGGUUGCUUACAGAAAUGGUUCCGUAGAGGAAAAUGGGGAUCCUGGGCAUUCAGUUACUUUCACAGGGGAGGAGAAAACCGGUUCUUUGAGUAUUAAGAGGAAUGAAGCUGGUGAAGUCUUAGCAGAUGCUCCGAAUACCAAAGGGAAGUUAUGUUCCUUGGGAAGCUGCAACGGAGAGAAAGGAAAUGUUUCCGAAAAUGGGCCUAUUGCAGUUGACUCUUCUGAGAGAAGCUUAUACGACGUAAAUAAGCCUAAUAUCAAAUCUGCUGCACAUGUGAGUAACAACCGCAAUGUAGACACAAUGGAUUCCUCUAAGAACUCGAGCACGAAGAGGAAAAUCGAAGGUGGUCACUCAUGUAUUUUUCUUGCAAGAGAUGAUAAAUCGCGUGCGGAAGUGGAAGCCUUUAAGGAAGUGAUUGUGAAAGAAGCUUCCAUGGCGCUUCGUUCUUGUGGAUGGUCUAAUGAUGUGUAUAAUUUCAUGCACACAAGGAAAAAAUUGUGUCAAAAAGCAGGCAACGCACCACUGAAUGAUAAUGAGAAGAAGAGUUUGCUAAUCGAUCCUGCGAAGAGAAAUUUCAUCUCUAAGAUCCCCGAGAAUCUGAAAGCAAUACUAGUUGAACGGCUUAGAGUAUUCAGCCAACAGAAGCAGUCACCGGGAAAUUGAGAAUCUGAUCACAUCCACCAUGAUUUUUGGUUUGCAGGAAUAUGCGAAUCUGAGAUUGAUGUGGUUGUAAAUAGUCGGCUGGCUAGCGAGGGUGGAGUUGAUGAUCGAGAAGCAAAACGGUAUUCAAUCUGUACAAUAUUAUUGUUUUUCAGUGAGAGAGAGAGCGAGUUCCAGAAAAAUCCUCAUUUUUUAUGGACCCAUUGUUACAGUUUUGUGGUUAUAAAGAUAGAUGCAGUCUCUUGAGGAGAGUUUUGGAUAUAGAUAUCAUAUAAACAUGUUAUUCUCUCUCUCUCUCUCUCUCUCUAUAUAUAUAUAUAUAUACAUAGAUAAUCUUA